CUCUUCGCAUACAAGAUGGCGGCGCGCGGCGGAGUGGAGGCCGGGCCUGGAGUUUGCUGAGGUUGACUCCCUUUCCUACCCUUUCUUUGGGCGCAAAGCGCCGCGAGCCCAGAGGACGGGGGCCGGGCGGGGACAGGGGAACCUGCGUAGCUGGACCGCGAGCCCGCGUCCAGCCUGCGCUUCCCCACCCGGCCCCGGCCCCGGCCCCGGCCCUGGCCCUAUCCCAACCGUCAGGGGUCUCCUCUUAUUCUGACUGAUUGCUUGGCUUUGGUACACCACCAGUAGCUGAGGACUCUUCUCCACUCCGGGCUCACCUCCACUUUAGAAAUGUUUGGCUUCUUCCCGCCCAAACAGCCAGCCUUCAAAACCUGCACUCCUGGACAGGCACCUGGUCCUCGUUCCCUCCACUGAGACCUCACUCACCUCUAACUCACUUCCUUUUCAGAUUGUUGAUUCUCUCCCUUAGUUGGAGACUUCUCACCUUUCCAAUCAGCCCCUGACUGCCCCCCCCCCCCCGUUUUUUGGCAACCUUGCCAUCUCCAUCAACCAAGAGCUAGACUUCUUUUUGACUAACCUCCGUAGCCCCAUCAUGGAGGCUCUAUACUUGGUGGUGAAUGGUGUGGGCCUAGUGCUGGACGUGCUGACCUUGGUAUUGGACCUCAACUUCCUGCUGGUGUCCUCCCUCCUGGCUUCCCUGGCCUGGCUUCUAGCCUUCAUCUACAACUUGCCACACACUGUACUGACUAGUCUAAUGCACUUGGGCUGCGGAGUACUGUUUUCACUGCUGGCCUUGAUGGAAGCCUUGGUCAGGUUAAUUUUGGGAGGCUUUCAGGCCUUCUGUACCCUGCUCUACAGAUGCUGCUCAGGCCUGGAGAGCCUAAAGCUCCUGGGACACCUAGCCUCUCAUGGGGCAUUGAGGAGCCGGGAUAUACUGCAUCGAUGCAUCCUCAAUGUGGUCUCCAAUGGCCAUGCUUUGUUGCAUCAGGCCUGUGACAUCUGUGCCAUUGCCAUGAGCCUGGUGGCCUACGUGAUCAACAGCUUGGUCAACAUCUGCCUCAUUGGCACUCAGAAUCUCUUCUCCCUACUGCUGGCCCUAUGGGAUGCAGUGAUGGGGCCACUGUGGAGGAUGAUGGACAUUAUGGCUACCUUCGUAGCUCACAUUUCCAGCAGUGCUGUAGCCAUGGCCAUUCUUCUCUGGACCCCCUGCCAACUAGCACUGGAGCUCCUGGCCUCAGCUGCCCGCCUCUUGGCCAGCUUUGUGCUUGUCAAUCUCACCGGCCUGGUGCUGGUGGCUUGUGUGCUGGCAGUAGCAGUGACUAUGUUGCACCCGGACCUCACCACGAGGCUGGCUACCUGGGCACUCAGUCAGCUCUAUGCCUGGCCAUCCUACCACCAGCUUCGAGAGGAUGUUGUGCGGCUGUCUCACCUAGUACUGGGCUUGGAUACUUGGCGCCGAGCCUGGAGCCGUAGCCUGCAGCUGGCAAGCUGGCCGAAUCGGGGAGGGGCACCUGGGGCUCCCCAGGUUGGCCCUGGGAGGGUGCCCUCAGCCAGGACCUGGCGACAGGAGACUUUUCCUGAAGCAGGGAUCAGAUCAGAGGCAGAAGAGGAGGAAGUCAGAGUGACCACAGCAGUCAGGGAGAGACUUAAUGAGGAGGAGUCUACAGUUGGGCAAGACCCAUGGAAGUUGCUGAAGGAGCAGGAGGAGCGGAAGAAGUGCGUUAUCUGCCAGGACCAGAGCAAGACAGUGCUGCUUCUUCCUUGUCGGCACCUGUGUCUCUGCCAGGCCUGCACUGAAAUUCUGAUGUGCCACCCAGUCUACCACCGUAACUGCCCACUCUGCCGCCAGGGCAUUCUGCAGACCCUCAAUGUCUACCUCUGAAAACUCCCACCCUCCUUGCCAACUUCAGCUCCAUGCUUCUCACAGGCACCUGUAGUAGAACAGUGUUAACACCGGAUCUCUCCAUCCUGGCUUGAAUCCCCUUCUGCCCCCAUGGCUGUCAUGGCAAGCCUCCAAGCCAUACAUCCAGGACAUUGAGAGAUGAGAUACCCUGGAAGACUGUGACCUGGGUGGGGACAGGGCAACAGCUUCUCUUGAGUCUGGGUCCCUGUGAUGUUGAGGGUGGUAUGUCACUAUGCUAGACCCUGAGACUGUUUGCUUUGGAUACCCCUCCAGCUUUCCAGGGCCAACCCAAAUGCCAGCCUGUGGGGCUCCCUUACUCUGCUUCUGGCUUUUCUGUUGGGGAUUUGCAGGUCUUCUCCCUGGCCCCUCCCUACUGCCUUCCCAGCUUUUUCAGCCACAGCACAUCAGUGUCAUUUGGGCGUUUUGGCAAUUCAAGGGCCUUGGGAUGAUCUUGAACCUUUGCUUUCAGGCACAGUUCUUGUGUGUGAUAUGUUUUGGCUGCCCUUAGAGCUACCAGUUUUGCCUGUCAUGAUCUUACGAAGCACCUUCCAAACAUAAUCCAAUAGCUGGGGUCAGGAAUUUAUCCCUGAGGUCAGGGCAUGUAUCUGCAUCUGACUUUGGGACCACGAAUCCUCAUACCCCAGCUCCAUUUGGAGCUUCAGGAAAGAGAACCAGAUUUCUAUUUCUAUUUAUAUCCCUUUCAUUCCCCACAUCACAGAAUAAUGGCAUUCCCCUUCUGUUUCUCUUCCUGGCAUUGGGGAGGGUAGACUAUGCACAUUUCACUAGGGUCCAAACAGUAGGGGCCAGGACCUAGGGGUAUGCAGUUCCCUGAGGGGUCUCCUGGCUGUUUCCAUUGAAUAAAGUUUUGUUGACAACUGACA